AUGGCGACUGAUGGAGGCAGUUUUUCGUUGGGGCUACCCUGUGUUUUCUCUCCAAAGUCACGCCAAUACCUGGCUAUAUGUGCUCAGGAUGGCAGACUUCGUAUUUGGAACACAGAUAUUAAAACGCUUCAUCAAGAAUACGUGCCUUCAGCCCACUUGAGUGCCACUUGUACCUGCAUAGCUUGGGGACCAUGCCGAAAGGCCAAGGUAUGUGUCGGGGGAGGCAUAGGCCCAGGCGAUGCUGCUACGAAACAACUUUCUGAUAACUUAAUAAAAAAUAUGUGUUUAGACAUUUACGUUAUAUGUAUACUUGUGGUGGAAUUUCGUUUACCAUUUGGUUAUGUGAGUUGUGUAGCAAAGUAUUAGUCAAUUUUAGCUUGCUGUAACUAGCUAACGUUACCUCAACUGUCCUGCAGGACGCACAUGUUUGUCGCACAUGUGGUCGCCCCAAAUUGCCACGAGUCUCCUGUAAUGUGUCAUGAUUCAGACUAAGAGAGACUAAUAGUUCAAACAAAUGCAUAUAGUAAUAACGAAUUUGCAUUUGUAAUGCGAAUAUGUUAAAUGUAACUAGCGAACCGUAAAGGGUUAGUUAUAUUAGGACAGCUAAGCUAGCUAACGUUACCUAUUCACCAUGUAUGACGCAGAUUUUGAUUUCAAAAUCCAAUUUUGUAUAUUUUCCAAAGCCCCACGGUAACGUAGAACAACAAUACACGAGACUGCGGAGUUGUUUGCUUAGUCGGCAAUUUUAAUAGUAUUGAAUUGGACCAGACAGUAGAGUGGUUGACUUGACCACGUUUCACCACCUUUAACUAGCUAACGUUUCCUACUAGACUUGUCAGAUUAUUUCCCCCCCCCACCUUUAUUUAACCAGGUAAUCCAGUUGAGAACAAAUUCUCAUUUACAACUGCGACCUGGCCAAUGGAAACGCACUUCACGCCACUUCGAUACCGAAGUGACUUUUUCGUAGCAGGUUAGGAGAACUUAAGCACCAGGUUAGGAUAAUUAACGUAGCAGGUUAAGGUAAGGAACAGUGGUAGGGUUUGCGAAAAUGCCCGCCUAACCUGCUACGACAAUCACUUUAUAUGAAGUGGCGUGAAAAGUGUCCCUUGUCAGAUAACUAUCUAUGUAACGUUACCCCCUUUAAUAUGGUUCUAGGUAGCACAUGUUUUACUCUAAACGUGUAGCUAAGUAGAGGGAUGGCUACACAAGUCACAUGUUUUGAAUUGUCAACAUAAGCAAAAUAGUUUUGACAACUUUGUGAUUUAGCAGUUGCCUUAGUUGUGGUCUAGUCCAUGAUUUCGGGUUCCUGUCAAUGCAAGGCUACCUGUCAACGUUAGCGAUGACGACGAUGAGUAUGACAUGUCUCCUAACGCACAGUAAGCGCCGACUCAAACUCUCAUUAGACAGCUCUGCAAGCCUUAAAUGUCAAAAUACGUUUGUUACUCACCAUAUAUGUAAUUUCGCUGAGCAACUAUCUACAUUUACUCCUGUUACAACUGGUAUGUACUUAAAAAGGUCUAGAUAGAAAUGCACAAGCAACCUAAAAAAGGACCUUUCGGCGCCUCCAGUAAAUCACGUAUUACUCAUCACUCACAGGCUUUAUUUAUUAUUUAGUUGCUUGUAUAUUUUUAUUUAGACCUUUUUUGGAAGUACAUACCGGCAAUAACAGUACAUUUAGAUGGUUGCUCAGCGAAAUUCCAUAUUUGGUGAGUAAUUAAUGUAUUUUGACAUAAUAUGCUUGCAGAGCUGUGUCAUGGGAGUUUGAAUCAGAGCUUCUCUUAUACUCAUCAACAUCUCUAAUGCACCGAUACUGGGGCAGCUUCUACCCAAACUCAAUCAACGAUCUAUAUCCCGCUGGUUACAUGACAGCAGAACAGAUCAAGUGUUGUACCAAGGAAAAUGAACGGUGUCCUCCUUUUGUUUUUAUCAGUCAGUUAAAAAUGUGAUUUUAAUAGUUAUUAUUGACUAAUGUGCGUUUGUGCUACAUGUGUAUUUGUGCUACAGGAGGCACCUCAGCGGAAGAAGAGGAGAUCGGAGGCAGGACAUGUGGAGAAGCAGGCAGACCUGUUGGCUCUGGGCACGGCGGCGGGCAGCGUUAUCAUCUACAGCACAGUGAAGGGAGCACUGCACUGCACACUGGUAAGGAGUGGGAUGUUGCGCCACUGUCAUUGACCAUUUGGGAAGUACCAAAAAUCCUACAAUUGAGUUGAAUGUUGCUAGCUCAAUACAACAAAAUGGUUGCCUUAUGGUUGGAAGUGGUACUUUUUCGGUUUGGGGUGGUAUCCAAAUUGUCAUACCUUCACACUGACCUCAUCGACCUUGUCCCGUACUGGGAUAUUCAGUAAUACCGGCACUGAACACAAGUUGAACACGCUGUUUUCAACCCCUACUAAUACUGUAAUCCGAAGAUUAGCAAUGUUUACAAGUACAUGUCAAAUCCCAUAGAAAAUGCUAACUAAAUGCCAAUGAGCGCAUUGCUAACAUUUUGAACGGUUUCUGACCUAAACUAUAAAAGUAACAAAAAAAAUGCUGCAGUUCCCUGCAUGCACAAAACAAAUAUUAGCCAGCAAGGCCCUUGAUCCAGCAAGGGAUUCUCUGCUGUUACAUUUACAUUUUAGUCAUUUAGCAGACGCUCUUAUCCAGAGCGACUUACAGUUAGUGAGUGCAUACAUUUUCAUACUGGCCCCCUGUGGGAAACUAACCCACAACCCUGGCAUUGCAAGCGCCAUGCUCUACCAACUGAGCUAAAUAAUAAUAAUAAUAAUAAUAUGCCAUUUAGCAGACGCUUUUAUCCAAAGCGACUUACAGUCAUGCGUGCAUACAUUUUUUUGUGUACAUGUGGUCCCGGGGAUCGAACCCACUACCUUGGCGUUACAAGCGCCGUGCUCUACCAGCUGAGCUACAGGGGACCAAGCGAAUGCUUGAUUUUGGACGAUGCUAACCCCUUAGUUGGAUAGCUAACUAGCUACUAAAUUAGCUAACCAAAUGCACAACGGCAGAGCAUUUAGCACAUUUUAGACAGUUAACUUAAUAGUUAGAGAUAUAUAUCUCUAUCUGGCAAACAUUUUAGUUGUGAAUUUCCAUACUGUAAUUAGAUCGCCUGGUGCUGCACAACAUUGAGUGACUCACAAGGCUCCGGACUCAAGUCGUUGUGCUUGUAAACAAACACCACAUGACUGGACUACCGUAAGCUUCAUAAUAAUGUGACCAGUAAAAUGAAGAACGCUAUGUUCUUUAUCUCCUAAUGUAUUGCUCAAGUUCACUGGAGGUAUUUACUUAAGUAGCUACAAAUAUUCACAUUUAUUAAACUUAAAAACCGUCCUGUGGCUUUUUCAAAUACCAAGAUUUAUGGUAUACCAUCCAAGCCUAGUACUAUAAUAUGCCGCAGUGUCAUUUUUACCCUCAAUCUUGCAUAUUGGCUAUCAUGAAAUUAGUAGUGAAAUGUCUGAUACUGUGUCUAUACCAAUUGUGAACCCUAUUAAUCAUUUCUCUCAAUGUUCUAUCACAGUAUCAAAGAUCAUAGUUGACCUCUGCUCUCUCCCAGGACGGAGGUCACAGUGGCGGGGUGAACUGUGUGCAGUGGCACCCUGAGGACUGCCUGCUGUACAGUGGCUCAGACGACACACACAUUGUGGAGUGGGACCUGCAGACGGGCAAGGCGCGCUGGUAGGUGCCGGUGGUGGGAAAUGUAAUGUCCUUUUAAAAACAGUGGUCUAAACGAAAAAGGGUUUUCUCUGCGACAGUCCUCCGUGGCUCAGAAGUAACACCUUUUGGGUAGAUGAAAGGUCUGUUCUCCACCACGGGUUUCUCUCGCUGUAGAAUCUGUUACAUAAUGUAAGACUACAUUCACAAUCCAAUGUGCAUUUGAAAUCUGAUUUACGUAUAACUAGCCAGCCUUGCAUGAGCCUUAGCAUAACGGCUCAUAGGAGCAGGAUCCUAUCUCCUGUUUCUGUGGGGUGAUUUGAUGUACAAGUACUGCCCUGGACAGGAUGCUAGUCUAUCGCAGGGCCGUUAUAGUUGCGUAUAACUCGUGGUCAUUUCGAUAGAAAACUGUGGUCCAACCACACAUGCUUUUUGACCCGGUUAAAACUUCAAGUCACCUGAUUCUUGAUAGAAGUCUUGGGAGUUCAUAAGCUUACAGGGUCUCUCAGCAGUAUUGUCAGGAAAAAGUAUUGUUGACCAACUAGGCCACUCAUUGCUAUAUAGUGCCUUUUGGCAGAUGAGGCCCUAGUCAUGCUCACAACUUGGCCCCGAUAAUCGAUCUGAGGUUGACUUAAGUUUCAGUAAUUGGAUAUUUUUUGAAUAUGUAAAUAAAAGGGAUUGAGUUUUGUGUUUCUUACUCUAUUUUAUAGAAGACUCUAUUUAUUUUUCUUCGCAGUAAGUGGAAGGCAGAUCGUGCCUCAGUGACCAGUCUGUGUGUGAGUCCGGAUGGCAAGCUGCUGCUCUCAGCGGGACAGACCAUCAAGAUGUGGGACCUCGAGACCAAGGAGGUGUACCGGGUAAAAUGCACUGCCUGGUCAAGCCGACAUCUGCAUUGACCAUGCAGCAUUUAUGGUGAUAUGGCCUCUGCAGAAGUCAGGGCAUUCAUACUUCUUGCGCUUCAUGUAGCAGAGCUGUUGUGAAGGAAGUUGUCAAAGAAAUGUUUGUUUAUACAGGACCUCCCAUCCACACCUGUCAACCAAUCAUGUCAAUACGGAGCUCUCCGCAUUGUUACAGAAUUUGAGAGGCACGCGGCCAUGGGGUACGGAGCUUGAUUUUCCUCUGCAUGCCUCCAGAGGCUUCAAUUGCGUCACACCCUCAUACAAAGCCUCGGACCACAUUUUCAGAUCAAGCAUAUAUUGGCUUUUAUUAAGUGGGACCUGCCCAGACUACAUACGCAGCAGUUACAUGGCCUAGUGGCCUACAUUCACAUACAUUUGUGUUGAAACUAUCCGGGGGAACUGACACAAAGGGUCCUUUCAUUUAUAUUUCCAUGUAGCGGACGCUUUUACACCCUCGUAACAGUCAAAUUCAAACUGAUCCGUAGGCAUGAGUAAUUGGGUUGGGUUCAGCUGUCACCAAAUGGAAGAAAAAAGUAAGAAGCUGGGACAUGGCCAAUAAGAGGACGACCUCUUCGUCAGAGCCUUUUUCGUUGUGUGCCGUAAUGAACAUGAGCCAGUUCAGUGAGUACGUCAAAACAGCCCCCCCUGUCUUUGGAUCAAGAUGUUUUCUCCAAACUUACACCUCCCACCUGUUUUCUCCCCCUCCAUCCUCCUUCAGAAGUUCACAGGUCACUCCACUGCCGUGACGACCCUGCGCUUUGCCACCUCGCGGCCCCCGGAUAGUAACGGCCUCUACUUCCUCUCCGGGGCGGCCCACGACAGACUCCUCAGCGUGUGGUGAGUACGGAACGCCACAGCGUUUAAAAAAAAAAAAGGGACAGCUUGAUUGAAUAAAGAACAAAUGUUUUGACUUUCUAUUGUUCACUUGCUAUUAAGAACUCAAGGUUAGAUCUACAAAUUAACUAAGUAAAGUCAACUGGUUUGUCUUUGGGGUGACUCGUGUGCUGUAUAUAUGCUACAUCUUCAUGUCGGUCUAUCCACCCCUCAGGCAAGUCCGGGAGGAUGGCAAGGACAAGAACUCUGUGGUGUCCUUCAACCUGACUGACGAGCCCCAGCACAUUGACCUCUUCACCUCCAACAGCAAGGAAGAGGUGAGGCGACUGUGCCGCGCUGGAGGUUAUGUGGAGUAGGGGGCUGGUUUUGACCAAGCUAGGUCCCUUGGUUCAAGACAUUCCUUAGGAACUCCAGAGUGGUGCAGUGGUCUAAGGCACUGCAUCGCAGUGCUAGCUGUGCCACUAGACGCGACCGGGAGACCCAUGGGGCGGCGCACAAUUGGCCCAGUGUCGUCCAGGGUAGGGGAGGGAAUGGCUGGCAGGAAUGUAGCUCAGUUGUUUAGAGCAUGGCGUUUGCAACGCCAGGGUUGUGGGUUCGAUUCCCACGGGGGGCCAGUAUGAAAAAUAAAAAUGUAUGCACUCACUAACUAAGUCGCUCUGGAUAAGAGCGUCUGCUAAAUGACUAAAUAAAAAAAAUAAAAACUGGUCUACGACAAGGGUGUGGGGGAUGAUUUGGGACUGGACCUCUAAGACACGUGCCUAAUCCAAUUUCUCCUUCUCCUAGGCGGUGAGGCUAGCAGUGGUGUGUAAAGACGGCCAGCUUCAUCUCUUUGAGCACUUUCUGAACGGGUGAGUCUCUAACACCCCCCCCGGGAAAGACGACGUCUUCAAAUGGCGCUGGCACACCAAGGAUCAUAUCGUCAUGUUCAACUUGAUUUAAAGCCACAUAGUAUUGCCCUGUCACUGGGCAAGGCGGUGUCUUCUAAUGGCACUGAGUCUUAUAUCUGACAGGGGAAGAGCGAACGAGUCCAUAUUCAUCCCAGUCAUCUCUAUUCAGUGAGGAAAAAGGCUGGUUCAUGCUAUGGGCACAGUGAUGUAGGGUAAAGAGAACGAUCUAUCACUCUUGAAUCCCAUCAAGUGGCGAUUUUAAAACCAUUUACUUAAAUACUCAUCUUAAUUCAGUGUGGUAGUUACAUUGUUAUAUUGUACUGACAACUGAUACACAUUACAUGGUACACUACUUUGAUACCUAGGUCAUGUUCUGUAGGCAUGAAAUGGAAGAUAAAGGUGAGGUGACCUCUGAACCUGUCCAAUAGAAACAUAAUUAUUCUCUUCUCUCUGUAGGCCUUGUAAGAAGCCCCUGUCCCCCUCCUGUACAGUGCAGAUGUCUGGGGUGGAGGACAGCCCCCUGCCCGUUCCCCUGUUGGCUGCGGCCCUAACCACAGACACACACAGCCUGCUGCUUGCCUACGGCAACCACUUGCAGCCUGUCAUGGAGAGAGUGGUGAGUGGUGCACACUUCAAUUCAAUACAUGUGUAUUCUCCAAUGCGCAAAUAUUGUUACCUUUCAAAUAGACUUUCACAGAUGAAUGUUCCAGCUAAUAAACGGUUGUAUCUUUUUUAAAUCUAGGCUGGUGACAAUAGGCUAGCAAUAUUCCUGAAUUGAGUGUCAUUGGCUUUUCAAUGCACAGUUCACACUUUAAGAAUGUUUUUGCUUUGGUUUGUACACUUCACCUCUUCCAAAGAAAGUUGCACCCGCUGUGUGAUUAAGGUUAAUUGGUAGACCUAAGUGAUGGAAUAUUCUGCUAACAUGCUACCUAUUCCUGCCGUUAGGCACGGACAAAUUAUAUCUUACUCGGUCAGUAGUAUGAAAAUAUAUUUUCACUCCUUACCGCAAAUGCUGUCCUGUGCUUCACCCAGUCAACGGAGUGAAUAUGUUGUAACACAGCAGAUAAAAUACUAUACAUUUGUAUGAUUUAUAUAUUUAAGAAAACAAUUUUAUAGUUUUACCUUUACUGACUGUUUGUCCCCUCCCUUUUCCCCUCCUUAAGGAGGUGAACACGGCAGAGAGACACGUCUGCCUGACCCGCGAUGUCCACACCACCCUCUCCCUCGCCAUGGAAAUGACCGUUUCCAAGGUAAUGCCCAGCGGCAGCGAUUUGGGCUUUUUUUACUCUUCUGAGCCAGUGGCAUGGCCACAUUCCUGUUACGUUGCUCAAUUAACUUACUGAAAAUUUCAGAGCAUGAAUUUCUUUCCAUAUUUGUUUCUUUCAACACGCCCCCAAUCCCUGAAAGCUUGUGUUGUUUUCCAACAAUUUUACAUAUUGAUUGGGGAAUGGGUCAUUGAAAUUGAGUGGUUUGGUAGGUGAAAACUGAAGAACAGUCAAAUGACUGCAUACGCUCUUGUUUCAGGUGAAAACCCCAGUAGUUAAUGCCAAGAGCAAAGUCCUAGUCCCUGGACUUUCCGGUCACCAAGCGCAUGUCCAAGGAACGCUGGGAUCCGAGAAGAGAAAGGGCACAGACGCCAAAGAGGUAUAUUGUCAUACAUAAACCUGGACCAAGACCAUCUAGGCCUUCCCUCGAGAUAGUGUUUCUUGCUCGAAAAUAGAUGGAUCCAACUUGCCCCUCUCUUAACUCUGUUGGCCUUAGCCAUAAAAACCUUGACUAUUUGAAGUUUUAGAUUUGAAGUAAUCUCGGAAACCCACAACUAAAAUCUUGUGUAAUUGCGUCAGAUGCUCAAUUAAGUUCUGGGGGCAGGCGUGUUGAAGGUUCUAGAACGGGAAGCGGAAGCAGGGCGGUAACUCCACCGCCUCUCUUUGCAAGUCUGUGGGCCAAAUUUCCCCUCCCUUUCUGAAAUUUGAAAGAUGCAAACAACUUCGGAAUUGUGAUUUGUACAAAUGAUCACUGACAAAAUCUGCGCACGGUAACAAAGUUCCUCGUUAAGGCGUCUGCAUACUUCAGUUCGGCUGGCGCCUAACCGAACGAGUGUGCUCGCAAUACUCUCUUAAGACCUUUGCUUGAAAAAUGAGAAAAAAAGAAGCAAUAGUAUGGUUUGUCAAUUUGAGACACCGUAACCAGUAUACACUUCCUCAAAAUAGUCAGAAUUAUCCGUCAUUCAUUGACAUUUUUGCCAAGGAGAUCUUAUUCUUAUUUUACGUCUAUCUAAAAUGUUUGGUACAGUGUUUCUCAAUGAAAAUAUGUGCAUGAAAACAAGUAGUCUCUUGUUGAAUGACAAGCCUUUAUGAAGAAUCCCUACUGUUGACCAAUCACCUACCGAUUUUAAACCUUCUGACUUCAGCUUGCCUCCAGAACAAAUUGUGCCCGAACAGCUGAAAAAACCCUCACCCAAGUCCAAAACGAAUAAUGGCUUGGGUUCUGAAAUCUCCAUCGCCCACUUAUUGUCAUUUUGAGUGUUUGAGCUAGUAAUGUAUCAAUAUUUAUCGUUUACAAAUUAGCUAUGACAUUGCCAAUGAAUAUAUAUAUAUAUAUAUAUAUAUAUAUAUAUAUAUAUAUAUAUAUAUAUAUAUAUAGAGCACAACUUUGGAUUUCACCCCCAUUUCAAAAUCGAGUGCUUUUUAAGUUUAGUGAGCUUAUUUUCUCCUCCUGCUUUGGCCUUGCAGUGUGCCUUGCAAAGUGAUUGCUGUCGUUGUUAUGAAAUUAUCAACUUCACCCUGUAUCUAAAAAUGACCGUACACUGAUUGAUUGUUUAAAGCAAAGCUAUUGCUGAUGGUGCACCUGAGCAAUCAAAAUAAAAUCUGUUGUAAGCCCUGUUCAGCAGGUAUGGUAAGAGUACCUGUUAAGCCCACAUACCCACUAAGCCCAGUUCCUCCUUUGAUUCAAAUAAACAAUUUCUGCUGUUUAAAAAAAAAAAAAAAUUUCAACUAAUCCCACUAGUGGCCAAUUUCAAAGCUGCUGAAACUUUGGUUGAGUCUACCCUCAACACAUUUUCCGGAUAUUUUUAGUACCUUCUCAAAGUAUGAUCACUUAUCUAAAAUUAAGAGAUUAAUGUGCUGAUACAGUGCAUUCGGAAAGUAUUCAGACCCCUUCACUUUUCCACAUUUUGUUACGUUAGUCUUCUAAAAUGGAUUAAAUAUUUUUUCCUCAAUCUACACACAAUACCCAAUAAUGACGAAGCGAAAACAGGUUUUUAGUCAUUUUUGCAAAUUUAUAAAAAAUAAAUAACUGAAAUACCUUAUUUACAUAAGUAUUCAGACCCUUUGCAAUGUGACUCGAAAUUGAGCUCCGGUGCAUCCUGUUUCCAUUGAUCAUCCUUGAUGUUUCUACAGCUUGAUUGGCGUCCACCUGUGGUAAAUUCAAUUGAUUGGACAUGAUUUGGGAAAGGCACCACAGUUGACAGUGCAUGUCAGAGCAAAAACCAAGCCAUGAGGUCGAAGGAAUUGUCUGUAGAGCGCCGAGACAGGAUUGUGUCUAGGUAGAGAUCUGGGGAAGGGUACUAAAAAAUGUUUACAGCAUUGAAGGUCCCCAAGAACAGUGGCCUCCAUCAUUCUUAAACGGAAGAAGUUUGCAACCACCAAGACUGAGAGACUAGUCAGGAUCGAGGGAAAGAUAACAAUAACCUAGCAAAUAGGUUCACUCAACUAAUAAAGCGUAACGUCGCGCAAGCCAUUUUAGCAUUUGAAUGCUGAAGGUGCCGCGCAGAUGUGUAAGCUCAGGAACAGGCCGCCUACAUUGUUAGUCAGCGCACGAAGCUGUGCUGCUGAUAUUCCCUGGGGUUGUUUGGCAGGCAAAAUGACUUGUAGAUCAAUGGCUGUCAACAGUUACAUGCUUAUUUCGCCACUGAAAGAGAGGACUCAUCAGUUGUCACAAGGUAUUUUCGGAAGGCAGAAAUUAAGAAAGAUGAGCAAAACAAUUGUGGAUCAGUGAAUCGUAAUGUUUGAAUCUAUUUUUCUGACCGAUGCGUGCUACAUUUGGAUCGGUAUUGGGUCCGCGGACCGAUGCAUCUUAAACAUUUGAAUCGGGGACCGAUGCAUAUCGGUGAAUUGUUACAUCCCUAAUAUAUGCCAUUUAACAGACUAUUUUAUCCAAAGUGACUUAGUAAUGUGUGCAUACAUUUGACGCAAGGAUGGUACUGGGAACUUAACCCACUAUACUGGCGUUGCAAGCACCAUGCUCUACCAACUGCGCUACAGAGGAACUGUUGCUGCCAUCAGGCAUGGACGAAUUCUGUGUUACUCUGUCAGUAGUAAAUGCAGUCAGACACCAUGCAAAAGUAUCCUUUCACGCCUUCCUUAAGAAGGGUGAGUGCUGUCCUGUGCCUUACCCAGUGGAGGAGUGAAUACAUUGUAGCACAGCAAAUAAAAUACUAUAUAGCUCUUCCUUCAUGUAUCUGUUAGCUGCAGACUUGCUGAGUUGCCGCCCUCAUUUUAAUUAUGUUUACCCUUCUGCUGCUACUCCUUUUCAUCUUCAGAUGUCUAUAGCGGAGCGACUCGGCGAGAUUGAUCUGUCAACGGAGAAGGGGGGCGUCAAGGGGGCCCCUUCUCUGCAGACUGACAACUUUGCGGUGCUGCUGGUGCAGGGUCUGGAGAGCAAGGACGCCAACAUCCUUAAUGUGAGUGUACCCUUUUUUUGGGGCUACAAUAAGGCACUAGCAACACACCACAAUAAGAUCUCUUUGGUUUUGAGUUAACCCCCUAAGGUUGAUGUCCGUGCCCCCGUAACAAUCAGACAGUUUAAGCUAUAGAUCUCACAAACUCGUCUGUAGCUUCCGAACGGUUUGGCCUACCCGCUAUUAUGACCCCUCUAUGGAAAGGGCAAUCUUAAAAAUUCAAAAUCAAAUAGCAAAAUUAUCCUUGGUAUGACCUUCUUAAAACAAUUCCAUAUAGCUUAGUAGAACCCCCCCCCCCUCUCCCGGCUUAGGCUCUUAUGGGUUAAAUAAUGGGUUUGUGGUAUCAAAAGGCUCCAGUGAUGAUGUGAUGUCAAAACAAAUUAUUCCCACAUUAGUAAUGAUUGCGAAUGCGUGAUGCAAAUUAUUUUUGAGGUCUAAAGAAAAAGGAGCUACAUGAGUACCUUGUACUGUUUACCUUGUCAACUCCCACAGUUUUGAUCUUGGCAUUGAUCUUGAGUUUUAUUUCUUGCUGAUUGAAUGAUGGUAAAUUGGUUAUGGAGUUUAUUGGAUAGUAAUAUCCCAGACAGUUCUGCUCCUUAUUGAAAUUGAUUUAGAAUUAACAUUCUUAAUAGCACUUGCUGCUAUUGGUCUCUCCUGACAUUGGUCUCUCCUCCGCCCCACAGAAAGUGUUUCAGACCCGGAAGGACAUCUUCAUAAAGAAAACGGUUGCACGGUUACCCCUCCCUGCCGUCUUGCCAUUGGUGGAGGAGAUCACCAAGAGAAUGCAAGGGCAUCCAUACACGUAAGUGAACACCUCCGAAUCUGUUAUCAGAUAUGGUCAGAUCUCUAUAAUAUCAGCAUUGACAUGAUGAAUUUUAAUAUUAAUUGAUGCUAAAAGUAAGAUUAACAGUAAAUGUUGUGCUGCUAACUGUAUAUUUCAAGUCAGGAUUUCAUCUGUAAUACCCAUUUUGUUCAGUAUCUUCUUUGUAACUUAACAUCAAUAUUACCUUUUUGGGUAGUUGUUGUUAAAUCCAUUGGGCGUCAUUCCUAAAUCCUAACCCUGAUCUUGUUGCCCAAAGUGAACCUAACUGCACCCCUACUAAACUCCUCUCUCCUUUUCCCCUUUGUCCUACAGGGCAGUGCUGAUGGUGCGAUGGCUCAAGGCUGUUCUCAUGCAGCACACCUCCUACUUAUGCUCUGUGAGUCUAUCUAUGGGUGUCUUCAUAUAUCGUCUUCAAGCUUCAGGUCCAAACAUAGCUUGACCAGGGGAAUGAAUAGCAGCAAUACUGUUACGCUCUGCUAACCAGUAGCUCUAUAAUCAUAUGGGAGUUGUCUUUUGUGUUUGAACAGUUUUGAAUUCCUUGCUCUUGAGAAAAGUUAUAGUUAUGCACAUCAUACUCAGAUUGUUAUUGACAGAAUGACCGAGCCAACAUUUAAUUUUCCUGUAAACAAAUCCAUGGAAUAAUGCUUUCAUAAAUAAUGAUCUAUGUGUGUUCUAUCCUCUACCAGUUGCCAGACCUGGUGUUUCAGCUAGGAGUGCUGUACCACAUGAUUGAGAGUAGAGUCAAGAUGUUCCACAAGCUGACAAAGCUGCACGGCAAGCUCUAUCUGCUCAUGACACAG